AUGGCCCUGCCCAGCCCUGUGGACAGUGACUUCUGGGGGACCGGCACCCCAUCAGUGCGUAGGCCAUGUGGGGAGCAGGCCAUCUGUGGGCGGGCCAGCGUGAACAGCUACGGCCCUCGACAGCUCAGCUGUGAACUGAGGAAAGCCCCUCCUCUACGGCAUUCAGAGAUCAUUGCUGAGAAACCAUCAACAGAGAUGUCCUUGCUGAUGACCCAGAAACCUGUGCCCUCCCGCUCUGCCCCUGGCCUGCGGCCACGGCGCCAGCCUCCAAGGCAGCACCAUUCAGAGGCCUCCCAGGACCCUUUCCUGGAGAAAUCAAUUCACCUGUCCCCCACUUGCCCGGAGGCAGGGAAGGGGGUAUCUUCUGCCGAGAACGCUCAGAGGCAAGAACCAAGUCUGUUGGGCCUCAGCUUGCAGCUCCAGCCGCACCCCCGGCCACGCCAUGCGGCGGACCCCGAGGAACCCGUGAGUGUGUCCCGCAGCACCCUGGGACAGUCCCAGAGCAGCAAAAGCCAGGUGCCCAGCACAGAACACUCCACGCCCAAAGAAUGCAGUAACACCAGCCUGCUGAGCAGCGGCUACUCGGGCGAUGAGGAGAGCAGCCAGGUGGGCUUGAAGAGCCGAGGACGGUCACGAGUCCCCUUGAGUAAGAGGCUCAGGGCCCAGCUGGGCAGCACCCAGAGUAGCCAGGUGUGCGUGGUCAAUUCCCCUCGAUCCAGGAGACACCAGCUGAAUGGCCAAGGCCUCGGCCUCAAGCAGGUAAGCAGCGGGCUGUUCAGCUCCGCCAACAGCCAGAGCCCCAGCAAAACCAACAGCAGCCAGAGCAUCCAGACCCAGGACAAGGGACCCACCAUGCCAAACAGCAACAUCAGCCUCCUGCCGGACAAGAAGGGGGACAAGAUGACAAGCAGCAGCCAGGUCACCCAGGGCGAGGCACCUGCCCAGAGACCCCCUAUCAACAUGCAAGCCGAGCGUAGCGGCGCCAUCUGUAUUGAGAAGCCGCCAGCCAGCCAUGGCCAACCCAUCUCUGUGGAGUGCCAGUGUUGA